AUGUUGAGGCAACUGCUGCUGUCCUUGGGAGUCCUACAGGUGACCCUGGCCUUCCUGGCUUCUGGCCAGGGCCAUCUGGACGAAAGGGGACCCAUCCUGGAAGAGACAGGCAGGCCCAGUUCCCCAGACCUUGAGAUGGUCAAGGAGAUCCACAUCCCAGAUUUUAAACAAGUGGCUCUGGAAACACAAAGAGUCCAAGAUGAUCUUGCACCAGCAGCCAGCAUGAUGAUGAUUUCAGCAGCCCUGCAGGCCCAGGACCGGGAAGGGCGUUCCCUGCGGAGAUGUGUCCGUGUCCAGGAAUCCUGCCUUGGGCACAAACUGCCAUGCUGUGACCCAUGUGCCACUUGCUACUGCCGCUUUUUCAACGCUAACUGCUUCUGCAAGAAAUUUAGCAGUACUUUCCCCUGUGGCAGGAACUAG